AUGGCAGACAAAACAAACGAAAGCCCUAAUGAAACAAUCAACAUAUUUGAAAGACUGAUUGGUCAUGCCAAUGAAACAUCAGCGGUCAUUAAUAAUGUCGAAACAACAUGCAUUUGUGAUACAGGAUCAAUGAUAACCACCAUUUGUGAAGAUUUCUAUGAAAAUCUAGAACCAGAGUUACAUUUCCUUAAAGAUUUUGUAAUUAACUUACCUGAUGGAAAUAGUCUGCCGUAUUCUGGUUACAUAGAAGCAACAGUUAAAGUUCCUGGAUUAUCGGACAUUGACUUACCUGUACCGAUUUUAAUUGUUCCCAAUACAGAAUACAACUUAACAGUACCAGUAAUAGUAGGCACCAAUGUUUUACGGUAUCUUCGAGAGACACCAAGAGAUUCCCUACCAGAACAGUGGAAGUCAGCAGUAGAAAAUCUUGUUGAAACACCUGUAAUUGGAAAAGUUAAAUCUGCAAGUAAGAAAGAUGUAGUUUUAAAGCCAAACGAAACAAAAGUUAUCACGGGUUUUAUUCGGAAGAACUUCGAUGUGGAAUCAGCCGUUACAGAAUCUUCUGAUGAGGCGUCUUCAAGAAUAGGCAUAUGUCCUAGGGUCGUACAGCUAAACAGACCGGGAAAUACCUGUUAA